AUGUAAUACACACAAACGCAGCUAGAAAUCAGCUUAGCUAGUUUUAAGGAUAUAAGAAACAAUUUGAAGGAUGAAUUUUAAGAUUACAUUCUACAAAAUAACUCAAAAGACAAGGAGACACCUAACAAUUUUGGAAUUAUCUUAAAGGAGUUAAAAAAUAAGAAUCAAUAAAAGCAAUAGUAACUAGCUAUGAAUUCCCCUCCUGAUUUUUCAUAAGCGUCUACUUAUUCAUAAAAUUAUUAAUUUUCAAAAUCAGGUGAUGAAACCGAAAGAUUAACAAAAGAGUUGGAAGUUCAAAAGUCUUUAAUUUAAAGCGAAGUAGAACUUAAAAAAUCUAUCAAUUUCAUCAAAAAGCAAAUUUAUCCUUUACAAGAAUAUGCUAAUCAGCUGUCUCUAUAGUAAAAGUAGGCAGAAAGUGAAUGCAAAACAGCUGAGUCUGAAUCUAAUAGAAUAAAAAAAACAAUUGGCGAACUAUAAUCUUCCAUUGCUAGGUUAAAGUAUUAAAGAUAAUAAUAUCGUGAUUUUAUCUAUGAGCAAAGUAUGAAAGUAGAACAAAAUCUAAAAUAAGAACAAAGCACCCUUGAAUAAUAAAAUGAAGCAGUUGAGAAUUUGGUCUAAACAAUAGCCAAAUAGAAGGCUUAAAUUGAAGAUCUAAUAAAAUAAUAAUAUGAAAAAAUGGAAAAAAGCGAAUAAUAAAGAAUUACAAUAUAGAACUACUUGGCACUAACAAAAUUAUAUGAAUUUUGCACUAACUAGAUAGAAUAAUUAAAUGUGAAUGAUAAUACAUAAAGAAUCAGCAGCGAAUCUGAAUCUUCAGGCAGAGAUGAUUUAUACUCAGAUUAAGAGGACUCAAUAAUCACAACCAAUAAUUUUUUUUAAACUCAAGUUCAAGCAUCAUCUUAGCCAAGAUCAAAACAGCGAAUACCAACACCAAAGAAAAAAAAGAAGGAAAAAAAGAAAUUAACUUAUCCAUAAUUAAUGGAGAAGUUUUAGAAAUCAAAGGAAUUACUUUCAAAAAUUAAAAAUGAUGUCGAUAUCAAUAUCAUGGAAUAAUUUAUUUUGAAUCAUUAUUAAGAAGAAUCUGAAAUACAAAGAUAAUUAGCAGAUCAACAUUAGGUUUUAUAAGAAUCAAAAGAUGAGUAUUUACAUGAAAUUUAGAUGCUAAACGAUAAACUAAAUCUGACAGAUGAUGUAAGAGAAAAAUUAGUAAGAUGUCAAGAACCCACAUCUGAAAACUUUAAUUAGAAAAUCUUAACUCAUAAAAUUGCUAAUACAAGUAAUGAGAAUGAAUUGCAGAUCAUAAAAUAAACUGAUAAAUUGAUUAAGUUGGAGGCGUUGUUCUUUACUUUGAAUACUAGAGCCAUGUCACUUUUAAGAAGAAUAUGUUCUAUUUUAUAGAAUAUAUAAUAGAUAAGUGAGAAGUUAGAUAAUCGAAUAAUUAAUGUUUAUUAAAAUGCAGUGCUAACUGUUGGCCUACUAAGAUCAAAUAAUGAGCUAGACUUGAAUCAAUUUCCCAAAUUUAAGAAACUUUUAAAAGGAAAUAAUCUUACUUUGAUUUACUGUGAUUAACAAGUAUUUUAAGAGUUCUGUGAAAAAGUUGAAAAUUUAACUGAUGAUGGCUUAUCUACAAACUUUUAAUUAUUAAUUGAAAUGUGUAUGACAAGAAUAGCUGGAGAAACUUAAUGUAUUUAUGAAUAGAUUUCAACUAUUUGUAAUUGUCUCAAAGAUGAAGUAAGAAGAUUAUGCAAUUAUGGAAGUCUAAGAUCUUUUAGAGACUUAACGAGUUUGCCAAUAACAAAUUUAGCUAAUUCAUAUAAUGCCCCUACUAUGAGAAAAUUAAAAGAAUAUUCAGACUCUAAAUAAUCAGAAGUCACUAGCAAGAAAUCAAUGGAGAGAUUUGAGAAAAAAUCAUUAUUGGCAGAUGAGUUUAAAUUUGUUAUUGAAUAAAACGAAAAAAGCUUAAACGAAGACGACAUAGAUGAAUUCUAUUAUCAAAUAAAAAAAGAAAUAGAAGCCAAGCCAUCAACUAAAACAACAAGAAUUGAGACAGCCAAUCUAACAAAAACAACAUUGGUUUACGAUUAACCUUAAAAAAGUAAAAUGACAGAAUUUUUUAGAUCAAAUUCUAAGGUUUCUUAAUCCUUAAGGAGAAUUUAAUCAUGUAAAGUUAAUAUUAAACUAUUAGAAGGAUAAUUUAUAGACGCUUAAUCAAAGAACUUUAGGUAGUUUCUUGAGAAAGAGUAAAAACAUAUAGAGCUAUUGUCAAGAAUGAAUCGUACUGGGAGCACAUCUGCAUUUUAACCUACAACAUUAAGACCGAAGUCUCAGGAGAAAACUCGAGUUCUAAAUAUCUUACCAAGAACAAUCAGCACAUCAUAAUAAUAAAGAUCUGCAAGAAAAAAAAUUGUUGCUUUACAACUUGAAAAGGAUAUGAAACGAUUGAAUGAUCAAGUAGGUAGAUUUACAAAACUAAAGUUGAAUUGA